ACCUGAUUCACAGCCUGAGCUGCUGCUACCAGAAGUUUCAGCUGAAGAUCAUGAGUUUACCGGACUAUAAAUCGCCUGGAAAGCAGUCCUCAGCACCUGUGCAGUCGAAAUCUCAAGUAGUGCAUCUGAACAUCGGAGGUCAUGUCUUCAGCACCACUAUGGGAACCAUCCGGAAAUUCCCCAACUCCACACUGGCAGACCUGUUUAACGGAUCGACCAAACGGAUGGACUCUGAAGGCCGUCACUUCGUAGACCGCGAUGGGACUUAUUUCAGGUACAUCCUCGAGUACCUCAGAAUGGAGAAACUUCCUACUGAACACCUGCAGGAGGUGCACAAGGAGGCACUUUACUACGACAUCAAACCUCUGGUCAAAGCCAUCGAGGACACGCCGCAGUUCUUUGGAGAGACAGUCGGGAGACAGCAGUUUUUGGCCCGUGUGCCGAAUUAUCGAGAAAACCUGGAGGUGAUUGUGCGGGUGGCCAGAGCCGAGGCCAUCGCCUCACGCUACUCACACAUAAUCGUAUGUGUCGUGAGGACAGAAGACGAUUUAGCCAGAUACAACAAUGCUAUCGACAGUCUCGGCACCCCGAGAGAGUCCGUGGUGAGCUUCGGUCCGUGGAAAGCUCCCGUCUCAGUGGAAGAUCUGUUAGAUUGCAUCAAAACGGACAUAGAAGCCAAAGGAUAUAAAGUAAAGAUCCAACCACACAGCAUAGACAAAGGGUUUCUCUUCAAGAGCUACGACUUCUUCUAUAAACUGAUUUUCACUUGGUGGUGAAGAAUUUCAGGCCCAAGCUCACGACCUGGAAAUAGGGAUUUAAAAAGUAAAGGAAUGUUUUAUAUAUUAGCCUAUAUAAUCAGUUUAUCAACAGCUCCUGUUGCUUUAAAAGACCCAAAUAUUGACAGCUGUCAGUCAUGUGCAAUGGUGUUGUUAUCUGUCAGUAUCUGUUAAACCCUUGUUUAAUAUUGACUCUAGUUGAACGAUCCUGGCCUUUGGCUUAAAAUAGCUUCUGCACGAAUGUGCAUUUAUUAGGAAUAUUCUGGUAUGGGUU